AGGGGUAGAAGCAAGUGCCUGCUUCUACACUAUAGUACUACUACUACUACUACUACUACUACGUUAAGGAACUUAGCUUGUAUGACACAUCAAAGGCCAGUGACGUCAUCACUUAGCUGCAUCACUGUAUUACCCACCUCUCUGAGGGAUUCGAUCAGACGGCAUCUGACUUUGUGACAGGUUACGUGUUUUCUCACUCCCACCACAGAAUUUAAUUUCUUAUCUCAGGAUGAUUCAAGGACCAGCUAUGUCAAGACAGCAGAGACAGCAAGCUCAGAAAUACGAGCAACUCUCGUAUGACCCAUCAAGGCUCGAGCAAAUUACGCUUCUCACAGAAGAAAAUAACAAACUGAAAAGCAAACUUGAAGAAACACAGGAGCACUUUAGCAAGGCUACAGGACUUCCACUUGAUGGAUACCAGCUGAGACAACAGUGUAUUAACUUGGAAAAACAGCUUCAGGCUUCUCAAAAUCAGCUUAUGGAAAGUGAGUCGAUGCGCAUAGCUGACAGAAACUACAUUAGCGAACUUGUUCAGAACAUUGAAAUCCUGCGAUCUGAGCUGGAAAUUGUAAAGACCAGUGACUGGAAACGAGUCGAUGUUAUAGCAGAUGAAAAAGACACGCUGUUUAACGACAUUUUAAUCAAACUGAGGCACUAUAAAGAUGAAAUCUUUGGUCUCCAGGCUGCCUUUAAUGAGUUCAGUGGGUGGAAAGGUCAAAUUAAAACCAUACAUGGUAAGACAGACGCCUUGACCAGCUCGAUAAGUCACCUAGAGGCGAAGCUAAGGGACCUGGUGAAAGAAGGUGAAGACAUGAGUGUUUCCAAACAAAACGACACCAUAAUCAAUGUGCCUUUAUCAGAACUGAGUGAUAUAAAAGAGAGAAAUAUAGAUUUAGAGUCUGAAAUUAAAGGCCUGACCAUAAAGAAUGAUGAGAAUGAAAGACUAAUUCAGGAACUGAGAAGAAAAUUGGAAAACAGCCACAGAGAAGAGGAAUGCAAUUAUUUCAAAUCAACAAUUGAAGAGUUGCAGACAUCCGAGGCAGCGCUUCUAAAGGAGGUUCAUGAGCUGAAGGAAACGCGCUCGAUGUGCAAUGAAAAGAUUAAUAGGCUUUCUCAAACCAUCGAAAAGGCUGAACGUGAGAAAAUGAGUGCAGAGAAAAUUUCUGAGGAGCUAAAACAGAUAAACGAAAAAUUGCAGAUAGUCUCCUCAUUUAGGGACAGUUACCAAAAGCAGAAAGAGAUGAACAUUCAAGAGCCUCACUUGCAGAAAACGAUAAGUCUGCAGGGGCAACAGAUCAAGCAGGAUGAUUUGCAGGGAAGAAAUGAAAUGCAUCAGUCUCUUAAUGAUAAAAAUAAGCUGAAAAAAGAUUCUCAAUCGUCCGAACUUCAGUUAAAAUUAGAUAAAUUAAAGAUGAAGCUAGAAAACAAACAAGAGCAGUACAAGGAGCUUCACAAAGACAUCUGGAGUUUUUUAGAAACUGUUUCUGAUAAUGCAGGAAUCUUACUGAAUAAGAAGGAACCUGUCAGUAAUCAGAUAUCAACAGCCUUGGAACAAAUCAAAGUUUAUAUCAAUAACACUUCGCAGGGCCUCGUUUCUCGCAGGAAUUUACACAAAAAACUAGCAGCGAAAGCCGCCGCUCUAAGGAAGGCAGAACAAGAGCUGGAGUCCAGUAAUAAGGUUAUAGAUGAGCUGCGUAUUCAGCUCGAGGAGAUGAAACAAAGGCACAACACGGAACUAAUUGAGCUGGAAUUGGCUUCACAAGAAGGAAUUACAGAAUAUAUCAGGGAAAUUAGCCAGCUGAAGGACGCAAUUAAAACUGCAGAGAAUGAGCUGGAAUACUUAAAAAGUCCAGAUUUCGAGCCAGACAAAGAACUCCCGAAAAAGGUGGAAGAACUGACUCUAGAGCUCCUGAUUAGCAAGGGAAAGCAAAAACAGCUUCAGAGAAUAAACGACAAGCAACAGAAUGAAUGUGAGGAGCUCAGGAAACAAAUCAGUCAACUCAGCGCCGAUAAUGGGAAGUCAAGCUCUGAGGGAAAAUUUGAAGAGAGAUUUUUGAAGGCACAGCCUUCCAAACCGAAGACGGUAAAAGCGCCUCUAAAGAAGAAUGGAGGGGAGAAUGAAGUGCUUUCGCCAGGGGAAAAGGCUCCUAAAUAUCAUGCAGGGAUUCAGGAAACAUCAAAGAAUGAAGAAAUGUUCACAGACCCAUGGUCUUCAGACUCUGAUGAUGAAGUUCAAACGAGCUUUUGCAAUGAAAUACAUCCCAAAGAAGACAGUUGCUCCAAAAUACCAAAAAAAUUGGGGCCUGAGGUGGUAAAGAUGGACACUUCUCCAACGAAAACUGAAAAGGAUAUUGACUUAUUUUUACCUGAGAGAUGGUCUCCGAAAAAUCAAGUCAAAACAUCUGAAAACAGCAAAAUAAGUGAACAAAGCCCACUAUCCAGGUUCAACCCCAAACAAGGAAAAACCCCUUUACCUUCAGUGAGAAGCAGACGUACUGAUCUCCCCCAAAACGUUCUACCAGUUCCUACAGAUGAAUUUGAAAAGAGCUUUGGGAAUGAAAAAUCUCCCAGGGCACACAGAUAUACAAAAUCUACAAAUGAACUGGGGGCUGAAGUAAAAAAGAUAGACACUUCUCCAAAUAAAAUUGAAAAGGAGAAAGAGUUUAUUUCAUCUGAGAAAAAGUCUCAUGACGAGUUCUUGGAUUCAUGGUUGAAGGAAUUUGGUUGGUCUGAUGAUAUCACUGAAGACAGAUUGUUGCCAGGCUCCGAUAGUGGAUCUAGGAAUGAAACAUCUCCCAAGGAAGCCAAAAGCAAGAAAUCUUCAAAAGAACUGGGGGCUGAAGUAAAAAAGAUGGACGCUUCUCCAAAUAAAAUUGAAAAGGAGAAAGAGUUAAUUUCACCUGAGAAAAAGUCUACCAACGAGAUCUUGGAUUCAUUGUUGGAGGAAUUUGGUUGGCUUGACAAUAUCACUGAAGACAGAUUGUUGCCAGGCUCCGAUGGUGGCCAUAGGAAUGAAACAUCUCCCAAGGAAGCCAAAAGCAUGAAAUCUACAAAUGAACUGGGGGCUGAAGUAAAAAAGAUGGACGCUUCUCCAAAUAAAAUUGAAAAGGAGAAAGAGUUAAUUUCACCUGAGAAAAAGUCUACCAACGAGAUCUUGGAUUCAUUGUUGGAGGAAUUUGGUUGGCUUGACAAUAUCACUGAAGACAGAUUGUUGCCAGGCUCCGAUGGUGGCUCUAGGAAUGAAACAUCUCCCAAGGAAGCCAAAAGCACGAAAUCUACAAAUGAACUGGGGGCUGAAGUAAAAAAGAUGGAAACUUCUCCAACGAAAACUGAAAAGGAGAAAGAGUUCAUUUCAUCUGAGAAAAAGUCUACCAACGAGAUCUUGGAUUCAUUGUUGGAGGAAUUUGGUUGGCUUGACGAUAUCACUGAAGACAGAUUGUUGCCAGGCUCCGAUGGUGGCCAUAGGAAUGAAACAUCUCCCAAGGAAGCCAAAAGCACGAAAUAUACAAAUGAACUGGGGGCUGAAGUAAAAAAGAUGGACGCUUCUCCAAAUAAAAUUGAAAAGGAGAAAGAGUUAAUUUCACCUGAGAAAAAGUCUACCAACGAGAUCUUGGAUUCAUUGUUGGAGGAAUUUGGUUGGCUUGACGAUAUCACUGAAGACAGAUUGUUGCCAGGCUCCGAUGGUGGCCAUAGGAAUGAAAAAUCUCCCAAGGAAGCCAAAAGCACGAAAUCUACAAAUGAACUGGGGGCUGAAGCAAAAAAAGUUGGACGCUUCUCCAAAGAAAAUUGAAAAGGAGAAGGAGUUAAUUUCUUGUCUGAAAAAGGUGGAGGCUGGUUCUGAAGAUGUUGAGAAGAAGAAGAAGAAAAAGAAAGUUAAGUUUCUAUUACAGUGCCUCUGAAGAUAAAAAUCAUGCAGCGCUUCACAAAAACAACAAAUGUAAAAAUAUAAAAAAAACAUUUAGAAAAUGUUUAAAAAUAUAUUUAAAAUGAGCAAAAAUAGGCAAUUGUGAUUAAAAAAUAUUAAGAAAGACUGAGUGAACAAGAAAGAGGGAAAUCAGUGGAUCCUGAGGAAGGUGGAAUAGGUGGGGAGAGCAGAAUAGAGAGAGUGGUGAAGAAGGUCAUACAAAAGCCAGCUUAAACAAGUGAGUCUUCAGCUGCUUUUUAAAGGAGACCACUGAGGAAGGAACCACGCACACAAUCUGGUCUCAACCCCAAACCAAGACGGACCGUUCUACGUCCAAUUAGAGGGAAACCUAUUGAGCCAAUCACCAAGAACGUUCUUCCUCCUGUAAAGUGGAAACCCAUUAUAUACAGGGGAAAAGCCUGGACUUCCUUAUAUUUUGAAGGUGUUUCUUUUAGUUAGUUAGUUAGUUAGUUAGUUAGUUAGUUAGUUAGUUAGUUGUUAGUUAGUUAGUUUUCUGUUUCAGUUUAUAUGACUCUUCCGUACAUUUUUUACUGUAGAGCUACAAUUUUUCAGCAGUUUACUCAAAUGUGGUCAAAGCAUUCAGCUUGGAAAGGUCGGCUACGACAUUUGAGUUUUUUUAGUUCGUUAGUCAAUAGAUAAAUCAUUAGUUUGUUAGGUUUUAGAUGAAGUACAAAAAAAGCAUGUCAUGUUCCCGAGCCGAGGUGAGUGACACCAUCUCCACUCUAACUGUGAUUGAGCUGAUUUCCCUCAGGUGAGGAGCGGAGGGGGCGGCAGCUGCAGAAGAUCCCAAUCAGGAACUCGGGUUUAAAAGGAGGAUGGAGACACUUCACUACGUUGGAUGAUUGCACCAGUUUAACAUCCUCACUCAACCUGCUUCCCUCUCGCUGUUUUGUACUCGGGAUUCAUACACCACGUCCCAUCCUCCUCCGUUGUUCCUAUUGGCCCCUCUCUGCGACCUCACUCAUCCCGGAUCGCUCACCCUCUGCCCAACGCUCACCUCGGCUCCCCCGCCUCCCUCAUUCAUCCCGAGCGCUACUUGGACUCGAGCUACACCGCUCACUCCCACAGGACUUCCCUGUGCUAUUUUUGUUCCCGUUUAAUAAUAAAGAACUUUACUUUUA